CUGCGCCACUCGGAGCUGAUGGGUGGACCGAGCGCAGCGGAGCGAUAGGGCGCAUUUCUUAAUUUCCCUUCAACGCCGCUUUGCCCCCCACCCCCUCCUCCUCCAGCCCUGGACACCACGACGAGACCGCGGGACCGCUGUGUUUCCCGUUCAAGCACGAGGAUUGAUCCAAUGUAUUAUUUACGACCGAAACUUCAGCAACUUAUCCACUGGAUAUGGCUCCCGGUUUGAGGAGUGGGCGGCGGACAGGUCACCCCAAAGUGGUUGGAGCCGGCGGAGGAGACCCCGGUGGGUGCUCGCCGCGGAGGACGGAUGCCGGAGGAGAGGGGAGGUGUUUGAGGACCAGGUGGCGAGCCGGAGCAGCGGGGAUGCUUGCAAACUGUCUGCUGUCUGUGGGGACGCUUUUACUUCUUGUCCGGUGCGCUUUGGCCGCAGAGGAAAAAUCCACCUAUGAUGCCUCCGGCUCCUCGUCUUUACCAGGCGACCCCACAGUCACGGCUGCUCCUGCUCAUCCAUUGGCUGAUGUGUCGGUGGCAGAGGAGGUGCCUUUCUCAGUCGUCCAUUCAGCUGGUGAUUCAGAGUCUGAGGGGGAAGGUUUAUCAGGACAGCCUGCCUUUUCUUCUGUCUUAACCGUCAUGGCAGGAACUGUCAAACAUCCAGUGAGCCUGGAUCAAAGUAGAACCUCGCCAACCAUCACCAGGGACGAGACCCACACCACUCAAUGGCCUUCACAUAGCUCCAGCCAGGGUUCAGAGAUGUCCUCCUCAUUGUCGUCUUCAGGGGACAGGAUCUCUCUCGCCAGCUCAGAGGCGGGGAUGGACGAGUUAACCGCUGGAACAUCUAGAGCAGUUGCGCUCACUUUCCCCAAAGAAAAAGCGGCCAGUCUAGCCCCCUCUCAAUCAGUCAGAAUUACCCUUUCUGAUGGGCCCACCGAGAGGACAUCUCAGGUAUCACCUCUGCCCCAUGGACAGGAAACCCUGACAGACUCUGUCCAGCUUACCACCACAACUGUAGCUUCAACCACCACAACCAUGCCUUUCCCAAGAGUCACCACCGGAACCACACAGCCUGCCACCAUUACCAUGCCCGUGCCUGUGACCAGGAGAACCACCCCAACCACAACCAUCAGGACUCAAACCAGCAGGAGAACGUUCACGCCACCCGUCCCCAGAACGAGUCCUCCCAGGGGGGGCUCUACCAUUUUCCUUUCGCCUUUUACCACCACCACAGAGGCCCCACCACAGCAGUGCAACAUCACAGAGAGACUGUGGGUGAAAACAGUUGUUUCCAUCUAUGUGAGAAGAAACAGGCUGGACAGCAUUCAGAGGCAAAACCUGCGAAGGGGACUAAGUCAGGGUCUCCGAAAAGCUCUGAAUGAUACAUCGGCCCAAGCACAGGUGGAGACAGUAUUUGGUUCUCCUAACAUGACAGUGGCUUAUCACGUGACUGGAGGGGACAUGGUUUACCCUCCCUCUGUAGUGCUGGAAGGCUUGGACUCCUAUGGCCGUGAUAAGCUGAUUUCAGACCUGCGACAGUACCUCCCCAUGGUAACAGCCCUGCCCCUCCCAGUUGCAUUAUGGAGAUCAAGCCCAGCCACUGGCUUCCAGCUGAAAACAGUGCUGCAGUUUGUGGGAGCAGGUGAUGAUCCUCGGUCCUGUCGCUUCUCCCAAAUGAUGGAGCAGAGGCUUGAAAAGGUGUUUUUGGAAGCACAGGCCAAAGUGCUCAACGCCAACAGCAAACUCUCUGUUCAGAUGCUGAGUGUCUCUCAGGCAGCAGGCUCUCCUGCUGUGUCAUUGGUCUACACUGUGAGAAAUGGGACUGUCUUCCUUAAUGGCACUACUGCUUCAAACCUCCUUGGUCAGCUGUCAGCUGAGCUGGUGGGCUACUUCCUCUUCUAUCCGCCACUUAUCAUUGCUGAGCCACUGGAAUAUCACAAUCUAAACACCUCCAUUGCUACCAGAGACUUCUGGGUUAUUACAGUGAUCCUGGAUGUGGAUAACGUCAGCCUGGAGGGACAGUACCAAAGCUUUGCCAGUCUAAUGGAGCAGCGGCUGGCAGAGCUGUUUGUGUUGGCAGGGCAGCAGGGCACUCGUUUCAGACGAGCCACUGCUGUAGGCAGCUACACUGUCCAGAUGGUGAGCAUCCGUAGGGUAACAGGGUUAAAGAAUCCUGCAGAGAUGACCUACUACAUCCAGCACAAUGGCGUUCCUUUAUCAGGCACAUCAGCUGCCAAGGUCCUGAACACAGUGGACUCUCAGACCAUGGCGCUCACCCUGGGCUACUUUGUCCAGCUGCAAGCAGAACCUGUGGUCAAGAACCCUCCUAAUAACCUCUGGAUAAUCGCUGCAGUGUUGGCCCCCAUCGCUGUAGUUACACUCAUUAUCAUCAUCAUUACAGCUGUGCUGUGCAGGAAGAAUAAAAAUGACUUUAAAGCUGAUGCCAUUGGCAACCUCAAUCCCCGAGCUAAGAUGGCGUAUCGGAGAGAUGUGGGCUAUUAUCACCAGCCAGUCCAGGGUUUUGACUAUGCCAAACAGCAUCUGGGCCAACAGGGAGGAGAUGAGGAGACGCUGCCUGCCAGUCAAGAUACACUCGUGAUGUCUCUACAAAUUCGGGACACGCCACUUUCACUUGAGAAAGCCCUGCAGCAAGAUGGAACUGCCAACAAAAAAAGCCUCACUUCUGACAAACACAAGAGCAAGUUGCCGAGUGAGGACGGUUCCGUCAUCAGCAACGAAUCAGAGAAGCUGAAUUCCGGCAGGGGCUUGACGGUGCUGAAAGUCACAGCACAGCAGAAACUGACAAAGGAGGAGACGCGCAAGAGGGACGAUCCAUAUGACACCUCCUCUGGCUCCCUGCAGCUUAUUUCCAUAAAGCCCAUGGCGGCUCAGCCCCACUACACACAUCCUGCGUCUUCUGACCGUGGCCAGGACUCAGCCAUCGUCAACGGAGAGGUGAACUUGGCUCUGAAACAGAAGUCAGACAUUGAGCACUACAGGAACAAGCUGAGACUGAAGGCUAAGAGGAAGGGUUAUUAUGACUUCCCCUCCACAGACGGCAGCAGCAGCGGUCGCGCCGUGGCACAGAGACAGCGGCAUGGCCAUGAGAGGGCAGCCGGUGAGCAUGGCAGACCACUGGAGCCUGAUGAUGAGCGAGGUUCCACUUAUGUCAAGUCUCACAGGAGGCACUCACAGGUAGGGCAGACGGACUAUCGCAGCAGACAGAGUCUGAGCAGUCCCAGUCCUGGAGGAACAGAGAUGGACCUGCUCGUUAUGAGAGAGAGACCGAGGAGAGGCAUCCGCAACAGCGGCUAUGAUACUGAGCCUGAGUUGAUUGAGGAGACGAAUGUUGACCGUCUCAUGGGUCCACGGGGAUACAUGUACGGCCGGGGCUUGAAAGGCCACUCAGAGACAUCCACUCUGAGCUCACAGCCGUCCAUUGAUGAAGUGCGACAGCAGAUGCACCUGCUGCUGGAGGAGGCAUUCAGCCUGGCUUCAGGGGGGCAGUCCACAUCCGGAAGGCACUCCCAUCACCACCAUCCCCCUCCUGACCACUACAGCCCUGCGCCGCCUCCCCUCCCAUACGCAGACGUGGUCACCAGCGCACCGGGUACAAUGAGCUGUGGACGUGGAGGCCUGCAGUGGGUACCAUCUUAUGGCGCAGAAAUGUAUCAAUGCAGUCUGCCCAAACCGGCCUUUCGCUUCACCCAGCUUCCUGAGAUGGCCAUGGGUUCUCCUCCCCCUUUACCGCCUCGCACUGGACCUCCUCCUGGGACCUCCUUAAGACGUUCCACUUCUGACUUGGGGCCUAAGGGAAGGAGCUCAGAGACAUCUGUCACUGAAAUGCAGAGUCAACAUGACAACAACCCAUAUGGGCCAACAAUUAGAGCAGCACUUCCAUCUAUCACUGCAGAGCAGCCUGUGUCCAACUACUCAGGAAACCCAAUAACAGCUGUCUACGCCAUCCCAGCCACCAGGCCCGGCUACUCAGAGUACUUUGUCUCCACACCACCCACCUCCUACCACAGCCCCUCCUGGAUGUCCUAUCCGCCUGAACCUGAGGAUGUGCCGCCACAGUGGGCAGACUCUGUGCCCCUUCCUGGGUAUGUCGAGGCUUUUCCUCAUCCUCGCUACCCACAGGGGAGCCCCACCAGGCUGCCUCUCCAAUACAACCAGGCACUGGAGCAGCCGCCCACUGCCCCUAACACAGCCUCCCAGCAAAGCCUGCCCCAGGUGGUGAAGGACAUGGACAGCAUGCCCCUGAGCAGCCUCUCCACCUCUGCACUCGUGCAGGCUAUCCGUCAGGAGGUGGCCAAGCUGGCGAAGAAGCAGAAUGACGUUUUUGAGUUCUAGUUUGAAUUCUUGUGUGCAGAAAAGGGUUAACUGUGCGUUGGUCUUCAACAGAGGUGCACAAAGGUGGUGCUCCUUCAGACUGAUUUUUGAUGUUUGUACUGUCAAAUGGACUUUACCCACUGAUUACCCACUGAUAAAUUUCGUUUUACACAUCAUUGAUGUUUGGCAGUUCCUGAUGUAAAGGAACAGAAAAGAUUGGGGUUUUUUUUUAGAAAACAAAUGCCAUCCCCUGUCAAUGAUGUCCCAAGUAACUACAUGCAUCUCUCUUUGUAGAUAUGUCAAUAGGAUUCGCUAAAUAUGGAAAAUAUAAUUUUUCCCGGGAUUAGACAUUUUUUUGUGAAUCAGCAUCCAUUAAAUAGAGAGAAGAAGUAGCAUUGUUGUCUGUACCGAGAGGACCAAAUACUUUGUGUCAGACAGUAUAAGGAUAACCACAGUGUAUAUGAGCAUGUACAGUAUAAGGACAUCGUGUAUCUUAUCUGCUUUCAUGGACCAUUAGUUUCAACAAUAUCAGUUCAUUCAAGCAUCCAUACCACAUCAAACUAACAAUUUCUUUCACUUUAAAUUCUUUCAUUUCUUUUUUACAUCACAUUGUAACACCAUAGCAGUCACAACACUGAUUGGCCUUGGUUGUCUAAUGAUUUUUAGAGAUUUAUAGUAGUUCUUGUUAAUUAACACAUAGAUUAAAUACAAUAUAUGUUUCUGCAUUUUUAGGUGA